GUCCGCUGUAGCAUCAAGUGUAUUAGCAGCACUUGAUGAACCGAAAGACAUAACAUCAAGUAAUAAGGAUGGUUUAGAAGAUCUUGAAUUUAAAUUUGACGCUUUAACAAAAUCAUCUGAACUUCUUCAAUAUUAUGAUGGCGAGGAAUCAAAUUUCGAUGAAGCAAUUGAAAAACUAGCUGAACUUGAAAAGAAGGAAGAGUUCAUAGAACCAUUCAAAGUUGAUAGUACAUCAUUGGAAGAGAUAUCUCAGUUAGCUCCUGAGCCUGGUGUUGAAUCCAAGCCCGAAGAGGUCUUGCAGCAGAAACCUACUAGCGGAGAAAAUGAUGUUAUAAAUGAAAGUAACAAUUUAACAAAUAUGGCUACAGGUUUCGGAUCAAUUGGUUUUGGAGAACCUUUAAGCUUACCUAGUCCAACUAAUUCACUAACAUUUGGGUUAAGUACAUCUAAUGCACAGAAAAAGGACCUUGGCUCAACACCUUUUGGCUUAACAAUAUCUUCCUCUUUAAACUUUGGAACAGCAGCACCUGUCCCUUCGGUAUAUAGGGGAGAAAUACCAAAUGCAUUUAAUAUCGGUAGCAUUCCACUAGCACUUUCCGCAACACCUUCAAAUGUUAUUAAUGCAUUUAGAUUUCAAUCGCCUGCUUUCGGACAACCAUCAUUUGGUGUACCGGGGUUUGGAACACCAUCUCAUUUUCCGAAACCGGCUGCACUUAAUGCUCCAAGUGGUGGUGGUUUAGCUCGUUACUCAAG